CAAUGCCUUAUUCAAAAAUAUUAUGAUUUCGAAGUUGACACGACCCUAUGGGGAAAAGCAAUACGGUGUCCAAUGUGUUUGCUACCUCUCCUCUCGAAGGAUACUUACAGUGCGCCGUGUGGUCAUUCGCUUCAUAUACAGUGUUUCGAAAAAUGGAAAAACAUUGAUUCGGAAUGUCAAGUUUGUCGUAAGAAAGCAGUAUUCGAAAAUAUGGAUAAUGAUUUGUUGAGAAUAUUAACUGAAGAAACGCCUUCACUUAACCGAGACAAUUCAGAUGAGGCUGAACGCGAAUCGGACAAACUUCUAAGAGAAAAUACAACUUCACAUCUGAAAAUAAUACGAGCCGUCAUGUUGUUAGACACUGCACUGAAGUUAUAA